UCUAAUCAAAGAGCACUUGAGCAGUAAAUGAAAUCCAUGGCGAUAUCAAUCUCAAAAUCAGUAUCCGAGUUUCACCCAAAAUCUCACAACCGAAACCCUAAACUUAGUAUUAAGGAAUCCCAUCACUCUCCUUUCAAUUGCACCUACCCAUUCAAAUCCCUAUCUUAUCAUGUCCCACCAAAACUAAUAUCAGUCUCCUCCGAUCAAGAUCAAACAACAAAUUCUCCAUUCAAAAUUGAAAACCCUAGUUCAAAAAAAUGGGUCCAUUUCAUUGGAAUCGGAGGGUGUGGAUUAUCAGCUCUUGCUAAACUCGCUCUCAAUCAGGAUUAUGAAGUUAGUGGAUCAGAUAUUGUAUGGAAUGAGUCAAUGAAUGGAUUACAAGAAGCUGGUGCAACAGUAUGGUUAGGUCACUCAGUGAAUAAUUUAAGAAACGGGGUUGGGAGUUUACCUGAUUUUGUUGUGGUUUCGAGUGCGAUUUCUUCAGAUAAUGUUGAGAUUUUGCACGCCGAGUCGUUCGGAGUACCUGUUUAUAAGAGGGAUAAGUGGUUGGGGAUGGUAACAUCGGAUUACAAUCUUAUUGCUGUCAGUGGAACUCAUGGAAAAAGUACUACUAGCGCUAUGCUUGCUUAUGUUUUGAAAGCAACGGGAGAUGAUAUUACUGCCGUUGUUGGUGCUAUUGUGCCUCAGGUAUCAGGAGGUAAUAUUCUCUCUGGGAAUGGGCCCAAUUUUGUCUUGGAGGCUGAUGAAUAUGAUGACUGUUUUCUGGGGUUAUCACCUUACAUUGCUGUGGUAACAAAUGUUGAAUGGGAGCAUGUUGACAUGUUUAAAAAUGAGGAAGCAGUGAAAAUAUCAUUCAGAAAGUUUUUGAAGCAGAUCAGAGUAGGAGGAUAUCUCAUCUUAUGUGGGGAUAGUGAGGGUGCAUGUUCUCUGCUGAGGGAGAUGGAUAUCAAAACUGCAUCAAAUGAAGAGCUAUUUGUUCCAAGUUCCACAGAGUCAAGUGCACACUACAGAGUUACCACAUAUGGAAUUUCAAAUCUCAACGAGUGGCAUGCAUCUUUUAUUGUCCCCAACUCACAAGGUGGUGUUGACUAUGUCCUGAAUCACAAAGGGUAUCCAGUGGCAAACAUCAGCUUAAAAAUACCAGGAACUCAUAAUGUCCUCAACUCAUUAGCAGUGAUAGCUGCUGUUACUGCACUGAUAGGUGAUAAAAGCUUAUCUUAUGAAUCUGUCGAUAGAGUGAAGUCACACUUGAGCAACUUUCUUGGUGUUUCUAGACGGUUUGAGAUGAUUGGGGAAAUAUAUGGAUGCCAAAUAUAUGAUGACUAUGCUCAUCAUCCAACAGAGGUUCGUGCAGUUCUUCAAGCCGCUCGUACAAGAUACCCACACAAGGAUAUAUGGGUGAUAUUUCAGCCACAUACAUUCAGCCGACUUGCAGCAUUUAUGGAUGAAUUUUCAAAUGCAUUAAGUAAUGCAGAUCGAGUUAUAAUUACACAGGUUUGGGCUGCUAGAGAAAUGAACGUAUGCAAUGUCAGCGGAAGAGAACUAGUUACAUAUAUUGGCCCUUCAUCUGAAUACAUCCCUCUAAUGGAGGACAUCAUAAACAAGCUGGUUCAGGAGAUCUCAACCUACCCUGAUCGAGAAACUGUUGUCUUUACACUUGGAGCAGGUGAUAUUACAGCAUUAGGACCAAAGCUGCUCCUCAGAUUAAAAAAGAAAGCUCCCAGUAUUACUGACAAUCAAAGCAAACCUGCAGCAGAAGUCCUCAGACCAGGACCCUUCACUAUCAAGAUCGAAGGAGACGACGAUUGAUGCAACCGACAAUCAAUAUAAAGCAGGAUUUCAGUUGUCACCUGUAUCCAGCUAGCAUAAAUCAGCUGCAUGGAAGAAUGCUCAAUUGGUAUUGGGAUUAAUUGCACUGAUCAUAUUCUGGUGGAGUUGUGAGUUUAGUAGGUUGAUUUGGAAUUGGCUUGGUUGAAUCUUUCAUUUUAGAAGUCCAGAUAAUUUUGAUGAGAUGCUGGAACUGGCUAAGCAUCCUAGUCCAGUUAUUAAAGAAAUCUGGGUUACUUCUGCUUUAUGCAAAGGAACAGAGUGGUACUUACAGAGGACUGUGGGAUUAGAAUUAAUUGUUUGCAUGUGGAACGGGGUGUAUGAUCUUCAAAUCCUAAAGUUUUUUGGUUUGAAGUGUAGCGUGGUUGUUAAAAAAAAAUUCUGGGAACUACCUCCUCCAGAUUGGUCCAUGGUUGUCAUGGUGCAACUAGAGGUAAUCCAGGUCCUGCUGGCCGUGGUUUCAUCAUCAGAAAUUGUGUGGGUGUUGUUUUAGAAGCUGUUGCAGGUGGAAUUGCUAUUGCCACUAUCUCUAUUGCAGAAAUUCUGGCCAUCAUAUUUGCUCUGGAAUGGAUUUGCUACAAAGGUUUGGAUAAAGUUCUGCUGCAAUCAGAUUCCAGUUCUGUUACUGCCGCCUUUAAAUCUGAGAAGCUGCUGGUCAGUGAUUUCAAGAUAGGGAGUUAUUAAGAAGUCCACUUCGGCACAGUUGUCUGUGACCAAUUUUUCUUCAGAUAGACUGGCAAAAAGAGGUGCUCCAAUAGCUAGGGCUUCUGCAAAGAAUGUAAUACAAAGCCUUCUAUUUUGUCAGAUUUUUAGAGUGGCCAGAUAGGCAGUACUAUAGAUUCAUGUAAUUUGGUAUAUUUUCUGUUUCCAGUUCUGUAUGUACUGAAACCAAAUAAAUCUAUUAGAAAUUCAGUGUUCUGCCUUCCUCUUUUAUGACAAUGCUAAGAGAAGCUCAAGAGGAUUCAAAUGACAGCAGAAAAACAACACAAAAAUUAGCACUGACAAAUAAGGACCAGUUUUUUUUUGCAUUUCUGCCGUGUUCAUUUACAUUGCCAUUCGAUCUAAAAUCUCUAGCAAAAUCACAGAAAUACAGGGGGAGGAA